AUGUUAUUGUAAAAAGAAGUAAAAGAAUCGGAUGAAGCAGAAUAUAUAAAAACAUCAUAAUCAAUGUAAAAAAUGAUUUAAAUAGCAGAAAGGUUAACAAAUUUAACUCCAGAAAUUAUUAAAUGUAAAAAUAAAAAAACAAAACAAAAAAAUUCAAAGAAAAAAAUAAAAAAAGUUAUACCAUCAGAUAGUUUAUUAAAACCAAAUCGUCAAAAUUUACCAAAAAUAAAUGAGUAAUAAUAUUAAAGAAGCAAUUAAUUAAAAAUUAAAGAUCCAAUAACUGGAUUAACACCCAUGAAACCAGAAAGUAGUGCGUAUGAUUGUGUAAUGAGGGCUUAGGAGGUUGAAUAAUUAUUGGAAGAACAGAAAGCUAUUAAUGAAAAUCUAAAAUAAGAAUUAGAAAUAAGAAAAGAAAGAUGUGUAAAAAGAGAACUCGAAUAUAGAAAAAUCAUAGAGGAACUACAAAAUGAAAUAAGAUAGAAAGCCGUUUUAGACACAAAUGAAGCAAAAAAAAUGGAAGUACCAAUGAAAUAUCAUCAAGAAAUAUUAGAAAGAGUCAAUUAAUUACAAUUAAAGACAUCUUUAGUUCUUAUAGAUUAAGAAAAGACAAGAUUAAGAUUAUAUAUAAAGAGAAAAUUAAUUGAUUUCUGA